AUGGCUGCUCAACAGACAAACGACAACCCAGACAAUACCGCACUCGCGAUCUCCCCUGCCCUUAUUGUCGGCAUCGUCAUUAUCGCUGCGUUCUUCUGUACCCUGAUCUUUGCCAGCCUGUACCGCUUUUGUGGUCGCCGCAGCAGCAACGGCUUGACAUCGGAGGCAUUUGCAGCGCGCGACACAGACAAUGUUGUCGGAAUCAACGCUGGUGGCGAGUCCUGGAACCCCAACCGACAGAGAUCUGCCGCUCAGACAGCACGCAUGAAAGAGGUGAGGUGGAUCAACAAUAUGUACGCAUGGGAACGAGGGCGGUACGCGCGACUAGAGGUUGGGGAGAUCAGACCCACCACCAUGAUCAUGGGCAGAAAAGGCGAGAACAGAAGCUGGGAUGAGUACACCGUGGCGGAGGACAGCUCGGGGCGAGAUAGCUCAGGACAAGGGUCAGGAGAUCAUGCAGGUCCAUAUUUCUACAACACCGAAAAUCCGUACGGAAGAUUUGCAUCCCAGCAGCGACUGAGCCACCUCGCUCCUUCCACGAAUGGCGCCAGAGCUUCGUAUCUGUCCAGCGGUAACGGCAGUGGACUCCUCCCACGACAGCCCUCUGCGCUUCUCCCACCUCCAAUCAAUGAGCAACCAGGAACGGUUCUCCGAAGAAGCCCGCUCAGACACGAAUAUCAAGUUGAAGGCGCAGCCCGAGAAUUGGCUACACAGCCCCGAACCCCCCAUCCUACGAUCACUGUCAACGAUCGAGCACAGAAUUUCCCUGAUCUGUACUCCACGGCAUAUGCGGAGGACACCAACUUUGAAACAAUUUCCCUGCGUGACGAGAGCCCGAUCGGCGGACAAGGUGGCCGAGGCAGCGUCGAUCCCUCACAGCCACCGGCCAAUUUUUCCCGACCACGAGAAGGCCACCACGUGACACCCACGCAGCGCCCAAGCGUGGUCGUCACCGCCGGUUCGCUCCCACAGCUUCAGCUACAAUUUCCGCUCCCACAGUCUCACUCCCAACAGACAGUCUCGAGCAUCUAUGACGAAGAUGAGGGUGUGCAUGUGAAUAGUCAGAAUGAAGCGAUACCUUUGAGCGGUCGUGCUGAGGUUCAAGACCUUGAAGAGAGCAAGCCUCUCAAGGAAGUGCAGAGUCUCGAGGAUGAUGGCCAGGAAGUGGGCGGAACCGUCGCCAAGGAAAAUGUCAAGGACAUGAUCCAGGAAUGGGAGAGGGUUAAUGGACGCUUUGGCCGAGGGUGCUGA